UUUUGCAACCUCUCCCGAUGCCUGUUAACGCCCUUGUCAAAUUUCCAAAUUUCAAAUUUGUACAUAAUUUGUAUAUAGUCGAAUAGUUAAUAUUUUAGUGUUGUGCAAAUGUGAUGGCUAAUACGGACGCCAAAUCCUUGGCCGAGGCGGUUCUCAUCAAUCUCUCGAAGCAGAGGUCGAAAGGCGAAUUCUGCGACGUCCAGUUGACGAACGGGCCGUCGAAACUUUGGGCCCAUUCCUGCGUCCUGGCGACUGUCAGCCCGUUCAUAACGAGAUAUUUUCUUAAACAUUUUGGCCGUCUUGUCGAAUGGUCUGUUAACAAGCCGAUACAAUUGAAUAUAUCGACCCUGACCAAGUGCAAAGGCGAGAGCAGGAACAACUGCAUGGAAUGCGUCGAGGAUACGGUCGAUUUCAUCUACACCGGGAAGAUCAAGCUGAAGGAAAAGCACUUGGACCAUGUCCUGAACCUCUCGAACAACUUAGAGCUCGACGAUUUGCUCCUGAUAUGCCAGAGGUAUAAAAACGACAAAGGUGUUGAUUUUUUUAAAACCGACGACGGUUCAAACGUAGAAGCUCAGAUUUCUGAGAAAGCUCCCACACCACUUAAAGAACCUCAUGAAGUGCUAAACACGAACGAAAGCAAGGAAUAUUCUUGCGACACAUGCGGUUUUAAGUCAAAAGACGAUGAACAGUUUCUCCUACAUGACUUUAUAUUUCACAGAUUUGACUAUACAUGUUUGUCAUGCAGUUUUGAAGAGAGUUCCAUUGCGAAGAUAGUUGAGCAUCUUCAAGACCAGUCUCAUGACAACACAGUAUGCUCCAUUUGUCUUUUCAACGCUUGUGAUGUUACUAAGUUAAAACAACAUUUCAAAGAGCAUGCGGAUCCGGAACCGUUUAAAUGUCAGCAUUGUUCAUUGAGAUUUAAAGAUAGAUCUCAAUGGUUGAGACAUUUCUCCUCCGGCUGCCAGUCCAAUUCUGAUCUAAGUGUUUCACUACACAGAAAUCUUGAUUCUUGCCUGAUUUGUAAAGUCAAGUUUGAAAAUGAAUCAAUAACUAAGAAACACAUGAAGGUUUUUCAUAAAAACAAAUACACUUGUCUCUCUUGUGAAUACAGCACUUUCAAGAUUUCAAAAAUUAUAAACCAUUUAAAAGUGACUGACCAUACAGAGCUUUAUUGCUCAUUGUGUUUACAAGAGACAAAAUCUAAAAUAGAGCUUCAAAAUCAUUUAGAAGAACAUUUACAAAAGUUGCCAUUUAAUUGUAAACGGUGUAGUGUUUCGUAUCCGAAUAGAAGACAAUGGUGGAGGCACAUGUCCUGUCAUUACGACGAGAAGCCAUUCGGCUGUAUUUACUGUCAGCUCAAGUUCAAAAACAAUGUACUUCUCAACACACACGUUCUUCGUAUGCACAAAAAGAAAAAGUACAUUUGCUCCGUCUGUGGUUUGGCCGAGCCAUUUCCAUCACUGCUUGAGAAACACAUGAAAUCGCACCGAAUUCAAAAACAGGAGUUUGUCUGUACAUUUCCAAAGUGUAAUUUUAGAACGAAUUAUAAAGUAUAUUUCGCCAAACACAGAAAAGAGCAUGUGGUACGGCACAAUGAAAACAAAAGCUCGUCUUUUCAGUGUUCUAUUUGUAAGAUUUUUUUUUCACUUGAAAAAAAUUUAAACCGUCAUAUGAGAUUUAUGCAUAACUCCAAAGCUCAUCAGUUUAAAUGCCCGCAGUGCAAUUAUCUGACGGUAAGAUUAGACAAAAUCAAAGAUCACUGUGUUAAAGUGCACUGUAUGGGUGAAAGGGAAUCAAAUGAAAUUAUAAAACUUUUAAAACUUAGUGUAUCUGAUAAAUCAAAAAUUAAAAGGUCAGAGGGACAACAGGAAGAUGUCGAUUUGCAUCUUCAUCAUAAACGAUCCAAUUCUAAUGACAAACCGACCCAAAUUCUCGUACCACCAUUACAAGAAUCACAAUCUUUAAUGAACAGUAAUAAUAAAAAUGUGCCAAGUUUAAAUGGACAAGAAUCAUCUUUCCAUAAUAUUGUACAACUGCAGAUUGAAGAAAAUGGUCGGUUGAUUGUUCAAGGAAUGAAUUCUGAAAAAGUUUCUCAAAACACUAACGGUGAAUUUCCUCAACUUCAAAUGGAUGACAGUAAUGUUGUAAUACAACAUUUGUCUCAGAGCGAGUCUUCUAAUCGACGACGCCUACAGAUAGGAGACGAUGGAAGCGUCAUCCUUCAAGAAAGUAAUGAAGAGGCCCAGGAGACGUUCGUACAGAUUCAAACUAACGAGAGCAGUAGGAAUUAUUCACAGCUCGAUAUUGAAGAAAUUAAAGAAAACGUAAUCAAAGAACUAUCUAACAGUAAUCGAGAAGAUAACGUUGGUGCUUUUAUGUCGUUUAACAUCCCAGGAGUUGCAAAUUCCCAAAAUAAGGAAAUCCCGACUCAAUCCAAUAAUUUCACACAACUUCAAAUAGAAGAAAUAAAUGGAAAUACUGUAAUACAAGAGAUAAUCGAUAAAGAGAAUACACCAGGUUUAAACCAUGAAAACGGUUCAUACACUCCAAUUCAAAUCAAUACAGAUAUUGGAAAAUCUAUGCUGCAGGGUAUCAAAAAAGGAUUGCCCGAUACACAGGCUAGCUCUUCGCCAAGAGACUUUGUAAACGAAUCGGUUAAAAAGACUCUUUUCCUGAAUAAAAAUACAGGUGAAAUAAACAUACUCAGUUCAACUAAGGGAAAACCUAUUCCAAUAGCAAAUGUAACAGCUACGAAUUUAUUGACUAUUGGCAAUUUCAGAGAGGGAACAGGGAGCGUAACACUCAAUGAAACAACAGGCGUUUUAACUUUCAACAAUAUAAACAGCGGUUCGACAGGUGCUGUGUUCUUGAAUGAAUCUACCGGCGAGCUUUCAUACAUUGAUCUCAAUGGGGAGAAUCCCGAAGAAAUCUACUCGCAGAAGGUCGAGUUGAAUGAAAUGGAACAGACUCAGUUGGACGAGGUGACAGGGGAAAUCGUUAAGAUUGACAAUGGCAAGACCGUCGAGAAAAAAGAGGACAACAAUAUCGAUGAAAUUUUUGAUUUUGACAUGGAAAAUUUCAACGAAGAUUCUUUCGAUGGGUUUGACGAUUUCGAUGAACUUCUAUUCGACAACGUCAACACAGAAAACCAGCCUGAACACCAAGAAGAGAAUAACGUCCAAAAGCGAGUACAUUUUAUGAUGCCAGGAAAUCAGACUCCGAGGCUCGAUGAAAUGACCGGCGAGUUCACAUUUGAUGAAACGAGCUGUUCGACCGCAGACAUUUGGAAUGAGCUUAAACCGUUCAGGGAUGUGGAUGAGGUAGAGGAUGAUUCACUUUUAGAAAAUGUCAACAGUGGAUCUUAUAAUUUCCUUUUGAAUGAAAUAACGGGCGAAUUUUAUAAAUAGUUAUUUUACUGCUAAAUAUUUAAUAUUCCAGUUUUAUUUUUUAUAGUUUAAAGACUGUUAACAUAAUUUAUAACAACUUUUAUUCCUGUUAACGCAAGUUAACAUUUUUAUCUAGUCAAUUUAACUUAUU